AUGUUUUCUGUUAACAUUGGUAUUCCUAGGUUAUUUAUCUUAAAACAGGUUUCAAGAAGAGCUUUUAUAUUUAAAUUUCGUUUUUUUUCUUCAUUUUUUGCUUUGAAUAAAGAAAAAGAUAAAUAUUUGAAAGAACCACUUUCUGAUAUAGAUAAAAAGGUGUUUUCAGAGAUUGAAGCUCUUGAAUUUUCAGACUUGAAAGGACAAAAACCUCGGAAAACACAGCUGAAUAUUUCAUAUCCAACGGAUUUUCUUUAUAAACAUCCAGUUUUUGAUGAAAAACCCGAAUUACAGAGAACAAAAAAUGAUACAUUGGAUUCAUCUGAACUAUUAAAAGAAUCUUAUAGUACUGACGUCUCUCUUUAUAUCCCAGAGAUUUCUAAAACGGAUGCUUUAAGAUCGAAUGAAAAUGAUAUUGAAUAUUUAUCUAUGAUUACAGGGAUUCCUUCCAUGGAAAUUAAGAACUUUAAGCAAAGAACUCUUGUAGUACGAAGAGUUGUAAAUCAGACAAGAAAAGGGAAAAUUCCUUCUAUGUACGCACUAGUAAUAGUAGGCAAUGAAAAUGGAAUGAUAGGUAUGGGGGAAGGAAAAGGUCGUACGUUACGUCUAGCAGCAAAAAAAGCAUAUUCAAGAGCUGUUAAGAAUAUGCAAUAUAUACCUCGUUAUGAAGAUCGAACAAUCUAUGGAAAUGUGGCGUAUAAGUUUCAUGCAGUACAUUUGGAAUUGAGGUCUCGUCCAUAUGGUUUUGGUUUGCGUGCGAAUCAUUAUGUUCAUGAAAUAUGUCGUUAUGUGGGUAUAAAAGACAUCUCUGCAAAAGUGAGGGGUUCACGUACAGGAAUGAACGUAGUUAAAGCUACUUUUGAAGCAUUGAAAACUCAAGUUCUACCGCAGGAUAUUGCAAGAGCUCGAGGGAAAAAAGUGGUUGAUGUUAUACAUACAUAUUACUCUUAG